AUGGCUUCCAAGUUUGGAAAAUUAUGCGGACGAUCGUUUGCAGCGCUUUUUAAUGCGACAAAAAAUGCUACUGUAAAAUCAAAGCUACCAGCAGUGCAGCAGACAUUGGUAGAAUAUGGCAAGUACAUGUGUGACUGCCUCCCCAGGUUCAUCCAGCACGUUCAGGUGGUACAUGGUUCUGAGUUGGAGGUCUUCAUACAUCCAGAGGGCAUCAUACCUGUCGUCACCUUCCUGAGGGACCACACCAAUGCUGAAUUCACUAGCCUAGCUGACAUCUGUGGAGUGGAUUUUCCAACUAGGAAGAACAGAUUUGAGAUAGUCUACAACUUUCUCUCCCUUCGUUACAAUCAAAGAGUUAGGGUGAGAACCUACACAGAUGAACUGACACCUGUGCCAUCAAUAACUCCCCUAUUUGCCGGUGCCAAUUGGUAUGAGAGAGAAAUCUGGGACAUGUACGGGGUUUACUUCCAAAACCAUCCAGAUCUCAGACGCAUAUUGACAGACUACGGUUUCGAAGGACACCCUUUCAGGAAGGAUUUCCCAUUGGUUGGAUACGUUGAGGUACGUUACGAUGACGAGGCCAAGAGAGUUGUGGUUGAGCCGAUUGAGAUGAUCCAAGAAUGGAGAAACUUCGACUACACCAGCCCUUGGGAGUCGUUCCCUAAUUUUAGGGAAAAUGGAAACAAUGCAGCUAAGCAGAUUGAUGAUGGCGCCAAAAAGCCAGCAGAUACCAAGAAAUAA